GACAGCACGAAGCCACCGUAACACCUGAUAAAUACAUACAUCAAACAAAAACACAGCCGGAUAGACAAAACCCACCCAAUCUCCAUUUCUGUCAAUCUUCUUAUUCAAUUUACACACAAAAUCAAACCAAACAAUCACAGCCCAGAACCAAGAAACCAACCGUAAUUCAUUUCCCAACAAAAAGAAACCGUCUUUGUUCGAAAAUAAACACAAAGCAGUUAUCUUUUCUCUUCAAUGGCAGAAAAACAAUACUUUACAGAAACCAGAGCAAUCACAGCACCUUCACGCCCAACCAUAACACUGCCACCUCGGCCGUCGAUGGAUAACUUUUUCAGUGGCGUCGGACUUAGUCCCGGCCCCAUGACUUUAGUCUCGUCUUUUUUCUCGGAUAACUAUGCUAAUACUCCCGAGUCUGAUUAUCGCUCUUUUUCUCAGCUUCUUGCUGGUGCUAUUGCUUCUUCUCCCAUGGCUAGAUCUUCUUUUUUCACUGAUUCUGAUUCUUCUUCCUCUUCAAUACCCAGUGAUAAUGGCGCUUCUUCUUCUAAGCAGCAAGAUGGGGUUCAUAAUAAUAGUGGGAAUUUGGGGUUUAAGCAAAGUAGGCCUAUGAAUUUAGUGGUUGCUCAUCAUUCUCCUUUGUUUACUGUUCCUCCUGGGUUAAGCCCUUCUGGGUUGUUGAAUUCUCCUGGCUUCUUUUCUCCUCCCCAGAGUCCCUUUGGAAUGUCCCACCAGCAAGCCUUGGCACAGGUUACAGCUCAAGCUGCACUAAAUCACAUGCACCUGCAAGCUCAGUAUCAACCUGCUCCAGUAGCCGCUUCCACAGAGUUAUUGACACGGCAGCCCUCCUUUACUCCCGAUGAAGCUUCACAGCAACAGAUGCUGCCUUCAACCUCUCAGACUCAGAGUUCCAUGGUUGAAACGUCAGAGCUUUCUCACUGUAAUAAGAAGCAGCAACUUCCUAUUGCUGUUGAUAAACCGAGUGAAGAUGGCUACAACUGGCGCAAAUAUGGGCAGAAGCCAAUUAAGGGCAGCGAAUAUCCGCGAAGUUAUUACAAAUGCACUCAUCUGAAUUGUCCUGUUAAAAAGAAGGUUGAGCGUUCUAGUGAUGGCCAAAUAACUGAGAUCAUCUAUAAAGGCCAGCAUAACCAUGAGCAGUCUCAACCUAGUAAGCGUGCAAAAGAUAGCAGUGACCAAAACGCCAGCACAAGUUCUCAGUCGAAGUCUGAAUUUAGUUUCAUAGCUCAAGCUGGUAGCAUAAAUAAGUUGACAGAAACAAUACCUGCUCAUUCAGUGUCUGGGAGGGAACAUGAGUCUAUGCAAGCAGAUCCAAUACAACUACAUGGAUCAAGUGACAGUGAUGAAGCAGGUGAAACAAGAGCAGAAGAUGGGGAUGAGGAUGAACCGAACCCAAAAAGAAGGCAAACAGAUGUUGGUACAACUGAGGUUGCUUUGCCACAGAAAACUGUAACAGAAUCAAAAAUCAUUGUUCAAACAAGAAGUGAAGUUGAUCUAUUGGAUGAUGGCUACAGGUGGCGGAAGUAUGGCCAGAAGGUGGUCAAAGGGAAUCCUCAUCCAAGGAGCUACUAUAAAUGCACUAGUGCUGGGUGCAACGUCCGUAAGCAUGUUGAGAGAGCUCCAGCAGACCCUAAAGCUGUCAUAACUACCUAUGAAGGAAAACAUAAUCACGACGUUCCUGCUGCUAGAAACAGCAGCCAUAGCACAGCCAACAACAAUGCACAACAACUGAAACCUCAAAAGGUGGUGGCUGAGAAGCAUCCUUUGCUUCGAGGGAUGGACUUCGGGAACAAUAACCAAAGACCAGUCCUUUUACGACUAAAAGAAGAGGAAAUUGCAGUAUAAAGGGAUGAAUCCAGGCAACUAACUUGGUACAGCUAAGAAAGGUAAAUUAUUUGGAAUUGGUGGAACUUUAGUGGAUUUGGUUUUUCUAUUUACCUUUAUGUUUCCCAUUUUUGUAAGAAAUAUAGUUGCUGGUGCACAUGUUAACAAUUUGAUACAGAGUGUUGUAUUCAGUAUAUGUUUUGUAGUUUGUACAAAUAAAUUACAGUCUCGAGUGUAUAUGAUUCUUCACACUUGUAGUUUGGAAGCAAUUUCAGUUCUGUUUGAUUUUUUGCAAA